CUCUUUCAGGAAAACGUAAACCACUCGCAAAAACAAUUUGUAAAUUAAUAUUAAAUUGAUCAAAAACCAAGUUAUACCAUUUCUUUUAUGAUUACGUCUAAUAAUUUCAUAUCAUAUAUACAUUUUAAUGUACGUUUUCGUCGUAAUUUUAAAGUGUAAUAUAUAAAUUGAUGGUACAGCGCUCAGGCAGCCUGGCUAAGCACGGUAGUCUUUUUACUCAUGGUCAAAGGUAAACCGCGAAACCAUGGCCGAUCAGCAACCACAAUUUAAUCAACUUUUGGGGACACUUAUGUCCUCAGACAAUGAUAUCAGAACAACAUCAGAGAAAACAUACGACGCCAUACCAGCCAACAAGAAGAUUCCAUACCUUGUCACCUCUCUACAGACACAAGCUUUGGCACCAGAGCUUCGACAAUUUGCUGCUGUACUGCUUCGUCGAUUCCUCAGUGUAAACUUUGAAAAUGACUGGCAAACCUUGACCCCCGAACAGCAAGUUGCCAUCAAGGCCCAGCUGUUGGCGUCUGUACAACGAGAUUCCCAACCUCUCGUUAGAAGGAGAAUCUGUGACACGGUUGCAGAAUUGUCGAGGAGUCUGAUUGAUGAAGAUGGAAAUAAUACUUGGCCGGAGAUUUUGCAAUUUCUUUUCGACAACGCAUCAUCACAAGAUCCUGGUAAUAGAGAGUGCGCCCUCAAUGUAUUCAAUAAUUUUCCUGGAAUAUUUGGUAAUAAACAAAAUCAUUACAUUGAAGUUAUUAAACAAAUGCUGGAACAGAGCCUAAUGGAUUCAUCUUCAUCUGAAGUACAAAUUAUGGCAGCAAGGGCUACAAUUUCAUUUCUUCUUUAUCAAGGAAAAGAUAUAGCAACACAGAAGCAUUUUCUACAUUUAACACCAGGAUUACUUAAGGCUGUUGAGUUGUGCGUAAGUCAGCAAGAUGAUGAUGCUUUACUAAAGGCAUUUAUUGAACUUGUUGAGACCGCUCCAAAGAUGGUCCGCUCGCAUCUUCAAGAAGUUCUCACAAUGUUUAUUUACAUUACAUCAAAUAAAGCUUUAACUGACAGCUGGCGCCAAUUGGGCUUGGAGGUCAUCGUAACGUUAUCUGAAACAGCCCCAGCCAUGAUGAGGAAACAUCAAAAUUUUAUACCAACGAUAGUGCCAGAAAUGUUAGCAAUGAUGGUUGACAUUGAGGAUGACGCUGAUUGGGCGAACAGCGAUGAGGUCGAUGAUGACGAUUUUGACACCAAUGCAGUUACAGGAGAGAGUGCCCUCGACCGGUUUGCUUGCGGUAUUGGCGGCAAGUUUAUCCUGCCUCACAUCAUAGCCACUGUACCAAAAAUGCUACAAAAUGACAAUUGGAAAUAUCGACAUGCAGGCUUAAUGGCCAUCUCAGCAGUCGGUGAAGGAUGCCACACUCAAAUGGAGGCUGUCCUAAACACUAUUGUCGACUCUGUUUUACCAUUCCUUGGUGACCCGCAUCCACGAGUGCGCUAUGCAGCCUGUAAUGCGCUAGGUCAAAUGGCAACGGACUUUGCUCCUACUUUUGAACGAAAGUUUCACGAAAAGGUUGUACCGGGCCUGGUUGCUGUUUUAGAUGACUUUGCAAAUGCCAGGGUCCAAGCUCAUGCUGGGGCGGCCCUGGUCAACUUCUGUGAGGAUUGCCCCAAGGAAUACAUUGUGCCAUACCUAGCCCUCAUCCUCGGAAAGCUACACUCCAUCUUAGUUGUCAAGAUACAGGAGCUUGUACAGAAAGGUACAAAGCUCGUCCUAGAGCAGAUGGUCACAACACUGGCUGCUGUUGCCGACUCCGCGGAGGAUAAGUUCAUUCAAUACUACGACAAUUUCAUGCCAGGAUUAAAGAACAUUGUGCAGCAUGCGACAAGUAAAGAAUUGAGAUUAUUACGAGGAAAAACUAUUGAAUGUAUCAGCCUUAUCGGACUAGCAGUUGGCCAACAAAAGUUUAUGCAAGAUGCAAGCGAUAUAAUGGAGCUUCUUCUGAAGACACAGACCGAUGCCAACGAACUAGAGGACGAUGACCCGCAAAUAUCGUACAUGAUAUCAGCUUGGGCAAGAAUGUGUAAGCUUCUAGGCAAGGACUUUCAGCAAUACUUACCAGUUGUCAUGGGGCCACUGCUGAAAACAGCAUCUCUUAAGCCUGAAGUGGCAUUAUUAGACACUGAAGAUGCUCAAAAUUUAAGAGAAGAUGAAGGAUGGCAGUUUGUAAAUUUAGGGGACCAGCAAAGUUUUGGAAUUCGUACCUCUGGUCUAGACGACAAAAGCACAGCUUGUCAGAUGUUGGUGUGUUAUGCUAAAGAAUUAAAGGAAGCGUUUGCGGAUUACACAGAACAAGUCGUCAAAAUCAUGGUCCCACUUCUCAAGUUUUAUUUCCAUGAUGUGGUUAGAUAUACAGCUGCUGAAUCACUACCAGUGCUGCUAGAAUGUGCAAAGAUUAAAGGAGAGGAGUACUUGGCACAAAUGUGGCAGUUUAUUUACCCAAACAUCAUGCAAGCCAUCCAAACAGAACCAGAGGUCGAUAUACUCCAACAGCACAUGGACUCUUUCGCAAAGUGCAUAGAGUUUCUUGGCAAAGGCUGUAUGUCAGAACAACAGAUGAAUGAGCUCAUGAAGGCCAUUAAUGAUCUAUUUGAACAUCAUUUUAAAAGACAACAAGAAAGACAAGAGCAAAGAAAAGAUGAAGACUACGAUGAUAUAGUGGAAGAAGGGCUGCAAGAUGAGGAUGAUGAUGAUGUAUACGUGCUGAGCAAGAUCUCCGAUAUCCUCCAUUCCUUCAUCGGGACACAUGGCGACUUGUCGCUACCAUACUUUGAAGCCGUUCUACCAAAUCUUGUUAAGCUAUUGGAACCUGGUCGGCCAUGGACUGACCGCCAAUGGGCCAUCUGCAUUUUUGAUGAUGUCAUUGAAUAUUGUGGACCGUGUUCCUGGAAGUACCAGCAAUAUUUUUUAAGACAAAUGAUAGACUUGCUGCAAGACAAAAGUCCCGAAGUACGUCAAGCAUGCGCCUACGGCUGUGGAAUUAUGGGUAAAUGUGGCGGACCACAAUAUGCGAAUGCUUGUUAUGAGGCCAUUCCAUGCUUAUCGCAAAUGAUCACAGCCGAAAACUCCCGGGCUCCCGAAAAUGUCAGUGCAACCGAAAAUGCCAUAGCAGCAGUUGCUAAGAUACUCCAAGCAAACCAUAGCAACAUCAACUCCUUAGAAGUAUUACCAAACUGGUUGACAUGGUUACCUCUGACAGAGGACAAGGAGGAAGCAGCACAUGUAUACAACUUCCUGUGCAGUCUUGUAGAAUCAAAUAAUCCAGUUGUACUGGGCGCUAAUAAUACAAAUCUACCCCGCAUCUUGCUAAUUCUGUCGGAAACAUUCGCAAAAGAAGCUCUGUCAGAUGAUAAAGAAACGUUCCAGCGUUGUGUUAAUAUUAUUAAACAAAUUCAGAGUAACCAAGAAUUGUGGAAUGCUUGCAUAGCCCAACUAUCACCCGAGCAACAACUGCCCUUAGCAGAAGCUUUACAAAAGGCCGAAUGACUCUUGAACCACAUUGAUCACCUUAACAGCAAUGUAUUCAUUUAGAAGUCGUCAUGUGCCUGCCCGAAGAUUCUGCGUAAGAAUCAACCCACGAUUCUGUGCCGCUGUACGGUUCUGUGGUAUCUAAUACCGUAUUCAAACUACUAGGCAGAUUCCGAUGUACUUUGCACUUCAACGUGCUACUUAAUUUUUGUUAUUAUUUUUAACUCUUACAUAUUCAUGUGUCAGCGCUUAUAAAGCAGUGCAUUGUGGGUAAUAGUAUGUGUGGUAAUAAUUAAUAUCUAGUAUUCUUAAGCCCUGUUGAGACACUGAAAAAAAAAACAGUUGUAUGUCUACAUUAGUCAUGAUGUGCCUAUAUAUGGUCAUGAAGUGAUGUAAUGACCAUAUUUAGACAUGUUGCAUGUUUUUGUAAAUUAAAAUUUGAUAGCCUGGACAGGACUUUAUAAUGAUAGAUUCUUGCCUAAGAUACAGAUUUUACCCAUAAUACAUUGCAGUAUUUAUUGUGACAUGCAUAUUGCCAAGUAUUUAUUAUACAAAUAUUUACUGGGUUGAGGGGCAUGGUUUAAAUUAUAGCCCAAGGUGAUCUGGAAGCUGUACUAUGUACCAAGACAAAGUCGAUGGACAUAGUACAGCCUCCAGAUAACCAAGGUCUAUAUUUUGAACUAUGACCUGGUUGAAAUCCCAGUAAAUUUUUGUUUUAUAUACCACUACAUAGAUUGAAGGCAUAAGAGGGCAUGGCUGGAACUAUUGCCUGGCUUCUAACCUAUCAAAUGCCUGGAAUUUAUGUAGUCGCUAUAAAAUUUGAAUAUUGCACAUAAACAUUUAGUACAAAAUUUAUAUGAUCGUUAAAUUCCAUUAUUCACCACAGAACCAUUAGCUGCCACUAUUAGGGUUUUUUGAUAAAUAAGAAAUGUAAUUAUUUUUAAUUGUAAUUAGCAACUUCAGUUUAUGAACUAACAAAGUGUGUAAUAUUUGAGAUUUUUUUUUUUUUUUGCUACAAAACUUUCAUUCCAUUUUUUCAUUAUCCUAACUAUUUUUAAAUAUUGAUGUUUAGAUUAUAUUUCAUUAGGAUAGUGCCUUCGGAUCCAUAAUGUUGCUUUAUUAAUAUCAAAAAUAAACCCACCUGUCUGGCAAGACUUCAAAACUGCCCCCAAUACUAGUAAUUGCGCAUUUCAUUACUGUCUUUACUAAGCUAACAAACAUAAAAAUUACCCGUUUAUAUUUAAGUAGGUUAUUAUUAUUAAUUGACAAUUAAAACAAGCAAACUGUUUUCCUCAUCAAAUUAAAACAUGAAAGUAUAGCCAUAUACGAUUCCUAUAUUUUUUCAAUAAACCCUUAAAUUAGUUUGUAAUCAAUUUAAGGAUUCUUGUAGUAAAAGAUUGUUUUAAUCUGUAUCUCAAUCAAAAUUAUCUGAUUCACUUGAAUUACCAUUUCAAUCUUUAAUCUCAUUUAAUAUUUUACUGGUUUUUUUUUUCUAGUUUUUUUUAUAGCCUGAUACCUCUAUGAUACUGAUUGAUGUAAUGUCGGACUUUAGAUGAUGCAUAAUACCAAAGUAAUGUGCUUUAACAUAUAAAGACGAUAAACAAAAAGAUUGAGAUGUCCACCAAAGAAGUAGGAGCGAAAAGAGAAAAAAAUUUAGUAUUUCUACAGUCCCAUAUGUACACAUUGAUAAUAUAGGGUGAGCCUACUAAGUGAUGGCUAUCCAAUGUAUAUAUAUCCAGAAGCAUACACUCUGCGAUUAAAUUGAUGUAGUUUACUACCAAAUCCUACUGUUUUGUGAUUUGAACAAUAACAGUUGACUCACUGAGUUUAUCAAAACAGUUUGUGAAUUUCUUUUGUCUGACAUUUAUUCAUCGCAUCUUUAUUGCAAUUAUUAGGGAGGUUCCACGCCAAGUGUGCUUGUCUUAAUGUAAUUAUUUCACACACAUUUUAAUUGACUUUGCCUAAUGUCUCGUUUGACGUGUAAGCUUGUUCUAGAUGUUGGUUUGCACAUCCAUUCAUUAAAACUUAUCAUUGCCAUGUAGCCAAUAGCAAUUUACACUCAGAUAACAGCAUUAACAAAACCAAAAGUGUAUAUUGUAAAAACUAAGUAAGAUUCUGGUCGAUACCUUGUUUUUGUAUAUCAUGUUUAUGACUAACUUAUGACUAACGAGCAUCCUGCUUUCCCUAACUAUGUGUAGUUAUAUUUUAUUUUCAUGUGUUUUUUUUUUACUACAAUUAAACCACAGUAACGUUUUUUUUUCAAUGCCAGCAACUUUGAAAUUUGGAUGGUGGAAUAUUAAACUUCAUUUCUUUUUUUUUUUAUUAUCAACAUGGUUCAAGCAAUGUCAAUAGAAAUCUCCUAUUUGUAUAUGUCAAAAUAAAAGAUAAUAUUAAGUCACCAACAUGAAUACUGUAUACAUUUUAGAAUAGAGCAGCUUGUACAUUAUUUGACUCUGCUGCAAAAGUCCACCCAUUAGGGUAACUUUAGGAUUGUCAAUGAAGUACCGAUUCGGCGAAUAUGGUAGGAUAGCUUUAGAAUUAUGUAUAGCUUAACCAAUAUAACCAUGCGAAGUAUGUCUAAUAUGGCCAUCGGCCAUACUUUACAGCCAUGUGUGAUAAUACGGUUUUUUUAUUUCUAUUUCCGAGUUGCAGAAAUACAUGUUGCAUAAUAGUUUCGCGCUAAAUGAUAAGUUGCGUACAGUGUUUGCACACUUUUGAUUGACAUUGCAGUCGGUUGUUGUUCAUAAUUUAAAAGUCUUGACCCACGUAAAAUUACGCUAUAUCAGCAGUACUCUUCAUACUACUACUACUAAACGGACUAACGUUCUAAUAAAGAUAAUUUUUGCAUGUUUUGUUAAAAAUCAUACUGAUAUUGAAAUAGAUGCGGUGGUUAUAAUGAAAUGAAUUUUUAGGAUUAUUCUGAACCUUAUAAAAAAUCAUGUAAGAAUUUUAAGGAAUUAUUUUAGUGAAUUAUAAAAUUGUGAAAUUUAAUUCUAAUAAAGAGUAUUUUAUUUCAGCAUGUAAAAUGCUACAGUAUAUAAUUAUUUUAAUUUGAUUUAUGUAUUUAUAUUGAUUAUAUUAAUUUAAAUUUCCCAACUUUACUGUACCAACAUACUUCCAGUUGCGAACACACUCGGAAGUAUUGUAAUAAGGUUAAAAAUUAAGACAGGUUCUAAUAAUUACUUAAUCCAAAGUUUGAACAAAAUUGUUAUACUUUUUUUUUAUAAACUUAUGUAAUUCCUGGUUAUAUUAGGGCAUAUUGCAACUUUAUAAGGGCAUGUCACACCCUUACGAAAACUAAUGUCACAUUUUUUGUUGUUUAUGCCUACAAAGCACUAAGUACUUGACACAUCGAACACACAAAUUGAGAGCACACUACCGACGAUUUGCCUAGCCCCGGACUGUUUGGCAAAAGAUUGGACUUUCAAAUUCUGGUUUCUUCAUUAUAUGGCAAGUUAAUUAAUUGUAAUUUGACAGUUCUAUUAAGUUGUUACCAAUAUGAUCGCCAAAGAUUAACCCGGUCCGAAUCUUUAAAAUUGUUUUCUACUUACGAUUAUGAACGAUUAGUCUUGUAAAAAUAAGGUAUGUAGUGUUUUCACACUGAUCUAUUAUCACCUUCCUUCAAUAGGAAGCUUUUGAUUUGUGCGACGACGCAACGCUAGAAUGGAAUCACUCACGCGUGACCAUCCUACCUGGCAUCCUACGUUCUCUGCAUACGUAGAUUUGGCCAAAUUGCGUUCCAGAAUCUACUCGACGAGGUGGCCUUAACGUUCUCGCAUGCGCAGAUGACUUUAGUGACGUCAUUACGUUCUACGUCCUACCCUCGUCUUGCAGUCGAUAGCUCCCUAAUUUUGUAUUGCACCUAAAAGCCUUUUCCAGUACCAAACUAUAGUAUAGGCUUUUAUAUUUUUCUCACUUUAGGAAUGCUACAAUCGUAGUUGGAUCUCAUUUGUCGUGGAGUAAAUUAAACGCAAACUUAAAUAUUAAUUUAUCCGCCGAUACCUGGAUGAAUCUGCUGUAAUGUAUGUAAUGUAAUAAUGAUAUCAUAUUUUUCUUUCGUUGUAUUGUGUAAUAAAUGAAACUGCUUUUAACCAACAUGAAA